AUGGACACGAUGCUCCCGCCGCUGGGCGAAGGCGUGCCCCUGCACAGCAGCUUACGGCAGGUUGAGAUUCUCGACCCCCUUCCUCCUCUCAGCAGCGUCGCGUCGCGGGACAGGCUGCACCUGGAGCCGAUUCGCACGACAAAGCUCAACGAAGAUGCAGCGGAAAGCAGCAGCAGCAGCAGCGGCGGCGGCAUUAUUGCACCGAAGAAGGCGCAAGAGCAGCACGACGUAAGAGCAGCUUCCGGCGCAACGACUGCCUUACUCUCGCCGCCGACGUCGCCCCCGAGGAUACGCUCGAUCUCUCCCACUUCCUCCAGGGGUGUACCGAAGAUGGGCUCAAUGGACGACUCGUAUUGCGACAGAUAUCGCAGCACCAGCUCGUUCGGUUGGUAUGAGGAGACCGCGGCCUUCGAGUCGAUGGACGCGCCUCAAUCGAAAGCGUUCUGCCAGGUGUCGGACUGGCGGAACCUCGAGACAUGGGACGGGGGGAGGCACGAGCCGCAGGAGGAAGCAGUCACGGUGGAGUUUGUGGUGCCCAACGCCCGGGUGACCACGACCAAGACUUUCCGGCAAGGGAUGGGACAGCAGCCAGAGCCCUACGCCGUGUCCAUAGGCUCGACUCGCGUCCGCCGGCUGUCGCCGUUUGCCGUCCACGCGGAGUACCAGGUGCUCGUGUCGACGAAGGACGAGGUGUACAAGUCGUGGAAGCGCUUUUCGGACUUCAAGCUGCUGGCGGAGUACGCCAAGAUCUCGGACCUGCGAGAUACGGUCAAGGCGUGGGCACACAUACAGCAGACCCAAAGGUGGUACCGAUGCCUCGAAGCCAACUACCUAAAGACGAAGUGCAGCCUGCUGGAGAGGUUCCUGGCUCAGUUCUUGUUCGAAGUGCCCACGCCCUCCCUGCUCAUGAACUUUGUGGGCGCGCAACAGCCCGGCUUCGUCCGGCAACGAUGAUGACUUGCAGUUUGUGCCGUUUCGUGUUCGUCGAGUGUGUAACCGUCUGUCGUUGGAUCGAGGGGGUAACACAAACGGUCGCCAACGAACUAGUAUGUGUGUGUGUUUUUUUUUUUUUUUGCCUGUCGGGCUUGUGACUCAUGAGCCGCUCGAGAUGGCGCCCUCUCCGGCGGACGAGAAUAGUAGGUGGCGAAGGAUUAGGGGGCCGUUGCCUUUAAGCCUACAGCCUUUAUCGGCCGUGUGGUUGUGUGAUUGAUCGGUCCCGGGCCGUUGGGUCUGUUAGGUUGCAGCCAGUCAGGCAGGACGUGUUUUUUUUCUUAACCUGUGUUUCGAUGUCCAUGAACAAAACACGUGAAUGUGUGUGUAGACUGUGUCUAUACCAUUGCUUGUACGCUGUUGUCACCAAUGUUUUUACGGUUUGGUUGGCGGCCCAUUCCAUCCAUUCCCUACCCCCCCGGCUUCUCGACUUUGUGCAACGGCCGUCCGGCACGCCGUCCGUAGCAACGGCGUUGCAACCCGCGCCUUGUGAUGCGCCGACCGCGGCCUUGCAGCCGUGCCGCUAAAAAUCAUUUGCUAAAAUAGCUGACUCCGUCGGUUUUGCUCGUAUAUACACUGGUGAUCUGAUAGGGGUGAGAGAGGUGCGUUGGUUGAGCUGAGGUGGAACCCCCAUGUCGUUGGCGUCGCUCGCGCUACAUUUUUGAUGCGUGUACUAUUUGGUGGCGAGUGUUCUAUCGUGGUGUGGCACUGAAGCACUGCUGCUGUCGGCACUUUUUCUUUUGCUCGGCGCCCGCCGUCUGCAGUAGCUCGAGAACGGAAGCAGGCGGCGCACACAGCAGCAGUGCCCGAAUGUGCUUGGAGUGUUGUUCGCUGAGUUUCCCUUGUCUCGUGGUUCGGUAAUUGACCCGUGGUGUGUCGAUGUGGCGUGUAUUCAUGAAGGAAGCGUCGUGGUAGAUGUAUGUGUCUCCAUCGUUAGUUGAGGCAACGGGUAUAGUGCAACCGGUGCCGCUUUGUAUCGAAACACGUGUUGUCGCUUUGUCUUGUGGAUAGGUUUGCGUUAUUAAUGGUAUUCUUUGUCGAUCUGCAUCCCCGUGCGUGACGUCUUAUCGGCUGUGCGCUCUCAAGCAGCGAGCGUGCUGCCACAAAAGACCAGGUGAAGUGGAGCUUUGAAGGUCGAUGGAGGAGAUGUAUUUUGCCCUUUUGGAUUGUCUUGCGGCGGUCAGGAAAAAGAGGGAAAAUAUCGAGGCGUUUUCUUCUGUACUUGGGGAGUAUGUUGGGUGUCUAUUUGAAUGUGACCGUGUCAGCUAAACGAGAGGGUGAAUCAUGAGCUCCAGCUGGCUGUCAUCGUGCGCGUGAGAGGUCUGGCCUUCUUGUGGCGAACACCUGGGAUUACAUGUGUUGUCAUGACCCCUUGCUCAAACCGCACAACGCAAUAAAUAGCGUUGCCUCACUGUUGCAAAACCCGUUUUUCCCCGGCCGCAGCUGAGUUCAGCGAGGCCUUUCUUGGCAAACCACCGCGGAAAUGAUGCAGAAGAAACGAGGGAUCCCCUAAAACGCGAUCCCCGGGCUAGAAUGUAAAACCUAUCAGCAUGUUAUUUGCGUCAAUUUUGUGGCCACGCAAGGCCUUCGACCGGAACGGGUGUCAGCAGGUACUGAGUAGCCACCGGCACGGUUUUAAUGUUAGGACAAGAACAAUUAUUUUUCGGGUCGGGGCGAAAUCUCUGUCAGUGGAUUGUCUCAAUAUUAGAAUACUCCAGGUCAAAAAGUAGUUGAGCUUACCUCCUGUCGGGAUGCACCGUCUUGUCUUGCG